CUGGGGUACGAGUUUAGACGAGAUCUGGCAGGCUGCCUUCAUAUCUGCAGUUUGAUCCCCAUUCCCCAUCCCUGCACCUUGUGUCUAUCCUCCCUCUCGAGCGCAUUUGUCCAGGGUGACCGUCCUGAUCUCAGGCUACAGAGAUGGACCUGCUUCACAGCUGGGGGGUGAACCUAGCUGUCCGUUUGCAGACCGAAUACCGGGACUAUGAGAAUCUGUUUCAGUGGGUCUCCUCGGUGGCGGAUCUCCACACCACAUUCUUUGUGUUUUUCCCCAUUUGGUUUCAUCUGCGCAGAGACGUGGGUGUUAAACUCAUCUGGGUGGCCGUGGUUGGAGACUGGCUAAACCUCGUCUUGAAGUGGGUGCUUUUCGGUGAGAGGCCGUACUGGUGGGUGAAUGAGACUAAGUUUUAUGGCCCUGUAAAACAUCCUGAACUGCAACAAUUCCCCAUCACUUGUGAAACUGGACCAGGGAGUCCGUCGGGUCAUGCCAUGGGUUCUGCAGGAGUUGGCUACGUAAUGGUUACAGCUGUGCUUUCUAUUGUUGCUGAAAGAAAAAUGCCUCCUUUAAGUUAUAGAUUUUUUCAGUUGAUGCUCUGGAGUCUUCUGGGUUUGGUGGAGUUACUGGUGUGCAUGUCUAGAGUCUAUCUGGCUGCACAUUUCCCACACCAAGUUAUCAGUGGAGUUAUUUCAGGAAUAAUUGUAGCAGAAACAUUCUCCAGAGUGCAGUGGAUCUACAACGCAAGUCUGAGAAAGUACUUCAACGUCACGCUGUUCCUGCUCUUCUUUGCUCUGGGCUUGUACGUGCUCCUGAAAGCUCUGGGUGUGGAUCUGCUCUGGACAUUGGCAAAGGCAAAGAAAUGGUGUGUGAAUCCAGACUGGGUCCUUAUGGACUCCACCCCCUUCGCCAGCCUGUUGAGGAACAUGGGCACCCUGUUCGGGCUGGGGCUUGGUCUUCACUUGUCAUGCUACAAUGAAACAAGAAGCAAGAAACACAGCAGCGGCUCUUUCAGGACUGGGUGUAUUGGUGUAUCUUUGGUGUUGCUGCAGCUCCUGGAUAAGAUGACAUUUUCCUCAAGCAACCAGAUCCUUUUCUACCUUCUGUCAUUCAGCAAGUGCGCUGUUGCUUUGGUACUUCCCACUGCACUUGUUCCUGGAGCCUUAUCUUGGAUUUCAAACGAAAACAAGCAUGGAAAGGACAUGUAGUGCAAUACUCAGGCAAAACUUUGCUAAAUGGUAAACCAUAGAGUUUGACUGAUGCAGAUUUGCAUUGCAACUGAUGCAAUCGUUCAGCAAACGUUUUUGCAGUGCACCAUUUAAAAAAAUACCUCAAAUGGCAUGUACAGGAUGGGUGGAUACUAAUAGCAAUUAAUUGCAUCCAACAUUAAAGUUUGCGUUUAUAUAAUAUGUGUGUGUACAUAUACAUAUAUGUAUAUAUUAGAGAUGCACCGAUAUGAAAUUUCUCAGUCGAUACCGAUAGCCGAUUAUUUAGAAUGAUAUCAUCCGAUGUCGAUAGUCGGUUUUUUUCUUAUGGAUAAAAUCCCAAAUAAUGCUGAAAACUAGAGAACCCUCUCAUUUGAUGGCCAUAAUAUUAGAGGUUCAAAUUAACAACAGAGCUAUUAUAUUCAACUGCUAUUUAUUUCCAGAUAUAAUAUUUACACUCAAACAAAAGCUUAAAUGUUUGUAUACAACUCCGUUACACUUGUAAGGUAGUUUUCAUUUCAUGAAUCACUUGUCUUUAUGGCAAAUUUAUUAAAACAAAGGAUUAUUAGA